AUGUUCCUGGGACCCUGACCUUUUACUUGCCUUAUGCUCUGGUUUGUGAUUCCCAGCAGACUGUCAAGAAUUCAUGGCCUUGCAUCUUUCAAACUCAAGUGGUGCUUGUGCCUCCUGGUCCUUAUGGCUCUUCUGCAGCAGGUGUGGGCACUCUUCUACAAGGUAGGGGUGGUGGGCCCUUGGACUUGUGAUCCCUUGUUCUAAAAGGCCCUCUACUCGAUUACAACUGAGUGAAUUAACUGGGACCCAUCAUUAGACCUGGGUUACACUUUUGAGUAUGUGUUUCUCAGUGAAGACUGCCAGACUUCAAGGGCCCUCUCCAGUUUCAUUUCCUACCACCAGAUGGCCUCAGGAUUUAUUGACCCUGCCAAGCCUGGCUACUGCAAAGGAGCAUAGCUCCUGGGAAACAACUGGGACAAAGGAUUUUUCCCUUGGGCUUGUGUGAAUCAUGAAUUAGAAAAUAAAGAGAGCUACCCAGCCUUUUCUUGAACACUCCCUUCUCCCUUCUGGGUGCUUGUAACUGUCAUGAAGUAUUUCCAGUGGGCUCAUGCUGGAGUCAUUUCCUCAAAUGAAGACAUUUAGGUGCACACAGCCAAUCAAGUUGCAAGUGCUCUUCGGAGCCACAGCCUACCUGUAGGGGUCGUCCUGACCACAGGACAAGACAGCCAAAGCAUUCAGAAAGCUCUUCAGUGCAUUCUCCAGGCAGACAGAACAAGAUAAAUCAUCAUGUGUAUGCACUCCACUUUGAUUGGGGGAGAGACCCAGAUACACAACUUGGAAUGGACUAAUGAUCCGAAAACUACUCUGCUCUGCAGUUUACCUUAUAAGCACACCCCCUACCGAACAAAGCUCUGGGAAGACUAUGAUGCUGUAUUGACCAUUACAGAGGAGUUCCAAGGAAAGACCUUCCAUGAAGCCUAUAUGGAAGAAGCAGCUAGGGCUGAAAUUCACAAAAUGUUGGAAUCACACCAAGUUUCACCGUUGUUUGGAACCAUCUACAAUUCAAUUUACUUUAUGGCACAAGCCAUGAAUAAUGCUAUGAAAGAAAAUGGACAGACUAGUACUGCCAGUCUGGUUCAGCAUUCCAGAAACAAGCAGUUCUAUGGAUUCAACCAGUUGAUAAGAACAGAUUCAAGUGGAAAUGGAAUUUCAGAACAUGUAAUCCUGGAUACCAGCUGGAAAGAAUGGAAACUCCGUAGUACCUACACUAUGGACAUGGAAAUGGAACUACUAUGGUUCAGAGGGACCCCUAUUCACUUCCCUGGUGGCAGGCCCCCUAGAGCCGAUGCAAAAUGCUGGUUUGUGGAAGGGAAGAUUUGCCGAGGAGGCAUUGACCCAACCUUUGCCAUGAUGGUCUGCCUUACUUUGCUUAUAGCCCUGCUGUCUAUUAAUGGAUGUGCUUACUUUAUAAGACAUCUUAUCAAUAAAAUUGAGUUGAGUAAAGGACUGAGACCACUACUGACUCUGGAAGAUGUAACAUUUAUUAAUCCCCACUUUGAUUCACACAGAGGAAAUCAUGCCAGUGUAAGCUUCCAGAUCAUCUCAGAGAUUCAAAGUGGGAAGUCCUCAAGGCUCUCAUUUUCUUCAGUGAGUCUAGCUCCAGCUACCUAUGAAGACUCCAAAAUAGCAAUUUAUGAGGGUGACUGGAUGUGGCUGAAACAGUUCCCUCCUGGAGAUUUUGGAGACAUUAAGUCCAUCAAAUCAAGUGCAAGUGAUGUAUUUGAAUCAAUGAAAGACCUGCAUCAUGAGAACAUUAACCCUUUGUUGGGAUUCUUCUAUGAUUCAGGAAUGUUUGCCAUUAUUAUCAAAUUCUGUUCCCGAAGGAGCUAAGAAGACAUACUGACAAAUGGGGAUGUGAAACAAUGGAUGUUUAAACCAUCACUCCUGUUGGAUCUCAUCAAGGGCAUGAAGUACUUACACCACAGAGAGUUUGUUCAUGGGAAGCUAAAGUCUCGGAACUGUGUGGUAGAUGGGCGUUUUGUACUAAAAUUGAUAGAUUAUGACUUAAAUGACAUUUUAGAAAUGCAGAGACUUUCUGAAGAGGAACCUUCUGCAGAAGAGUUGGUGUGGACUGCCCCUGAACUGUUGAGAGCCCCAAGUGGCAACAGAUCAGGUUCUUAUGCAGGAGAUGUCUAUAGCUUUGCCACCAUCAUGCAAAAAGUGAUGGUUUGGGGAACCCCAUUCUGCAGGAUGGAUCUGCGUGCUGAAGAAAUCGUAGACAUGCUUAAGAAGUGUCCUCUUGUGUACAGACCAACAGUUUUUCCUGAGCCUGUACCUCUAGAAUGUCUGCAGCUCAUGAAGCAGUGGUGGACUGAGGCUGCAGAACAACAACCAACUUUUGAUGAAAUAUUUAACCAGAUAAGGACUUUCAAUGGAGGGAAGAAGUCCAAUAUCAUUGAUUCUAUGCUUUGGAUAUUGGAGCAAUAUUCUAGCAACUUGGAAGAUUUGAUCCAAGAAUGGACUGAAGAGCUGGAAAUUGAAAAAGAGAAAACGGAAAAGCUUCUAACACAGAUGCUACCACCUUAUGUUUGCUGAAUCUCUCAAAAAGGCUACACAGUUGAACCUGAGGGGUUUGAUUUGAUCACCUUUGACAUUGCGGGCUUCACCACCAUCUCAGCCAUGAGUGAGCCCAUUGAGGUGGUAGAUCUUCUGAAUGACCUGUAUACACUUGUCAAUGUGGUCAUUGGCAGUCAUGGCAUCUACAGGCCAGAGACCAUUGGAGAUGCUUACAUGGUGGUUUCAGGCCUCCCAAAGAGGAAUGCAACUGACGUUGCAAAUAUGUCCCUGGAUAUCCUGAGCUAUGUGGGCACCUUCAAGAUGCAGCACAUGCUGGCAGUACCAAUAUGAAUUCAAAUGGGCCUGCACUCAGGGCCAGUUGAUGCUGGAGUGGUGGGUCUCAUUAUGCCCAGAUACUGCUUGUUUGGAGAUACCUUGAACACAGCUUCUCAGAUGGAAUCAACUUUUUUGCCUUACCACAUUCAUGUCAGUCUCAGCACUGUUACAAUUCUUCAAACUCUGAGAGAGGGCUGACUUCAAACUCUCUGAGUAGAGUUUCAAGGAAGAACAGAGCUCAAGGGCAAAAGCACAGAGAAGAUCUUCUGGCUGGUUGGAAAAAAAGUCUUCAUGAAGCCCCUUCCUGUGCCCCCCCCAGCGGGCAAAGAUGAGCAAGUGGGCCACAGCCUGCAACCAGCAAAGAUUGCAGCCUUCCAAAGAAGAGAAGCAGAACAGUUGGUGAGAAGCAAGCCAUAA